AUGGAUACCAAUGCGUCGCGAUGCGGUGACUUCAGGGCCUUUGGAAUAGAAAGAAUAUCGUAUAGCGUGCCCGACUCCUUCUUCCCGUUGGAAGACGCGACCACGUCUUCGACAACGAUAAACGGCUCGGACCCUUCAGCUCAAACAUGGUCAAAUCAUUUCGAGGGUCCUCGCGUACAAACACAGCUCCGUGCCUGGUCACGCGUCGAGUGGCCGUCCCUGGUGGCUCGCAACUUCUCUGGCAUAAUCAUGAAGCGCGUUGGCUUUCCGCUACCGUGUGACACGGACGCACCGACAAUAACGCAGCUUGUGUCACCAAACAAUAUUGACAUAAAUGUGCUGGCCGAAGAUGGCAUGCCAACGCGCCGCGUCGUCCGUCGCCUGAAUUCCUACCGAGGGUCCGACGAGGAGUGCUGGAUGACGGGGCAGCCCCUGUCGAGCUUGGAGAUGAUGGGCAUCAAGAUGCGCGCAAUAUCUGAUGUCGCCCAUUGCCUGAGGAUCUACUCAACGUGUACGACGCGAGCUGAAACGCGACAGCGGCGAGCCGGCCACUACGUCCAGACGAUCCCUGUCAAGCGACGAGCGAGGACAGUGCCCGGCGCCGGAAACAAGCUUCGCACAUAUACAGAAAUCUCGCAACUGCCCAGAGUCUCGCCUGAAUUCCGCGUGCCCGCGCGACGAUUAAGCCCCCUGCCUCGCCGAAAAGCUACGAGCUCUGCCUUGUCGCCUAUUGCGCUCUUCACACCGCAUCAAGAGCCCGUCACCCCAGCCGCUGUUAUGGAGCCGCCUCCUUGCAUGUCCGACGCCAAGUCCCCAACGAAGAGAAGCCCUCGACAUAAGAGCCCGCCCAUAAAAAACGAGGGACCGCGCAUCAGUGAACCGGCAGUCAAACUGCUGCCCGCGGCCACGCCGAAGAUUGAGCCGUCGCCGAUCAAGCCCGCGUCACCUCCUCCUGCAACGCCAUUAGGCGAAAACCGAAGCUUGCGCGGUGGUUUCGCAACCCCGUCAACACUUCCCAGGGCUGCGCCUUUUGGCACUGCAUUUGCCGGUAUGCAGCGCCUUUCCGCCCUUCGACCCAGCGGUGCAGCGUCCUCUUUCUCGCCUACAAAAGUCCUUGCCACGCCUUGUCCGGCUCACCAUAGCAUUGGGUCAAGCCGCCAGCCAUCUCUGGAGAAGCCCAUGCUUCCUGUUAUGGAAACGCCUCGGCGACCCGCUGCUGCAGAGCCUAUGACGCCGCGCAUCUUUAGCGACAUCUCGUACAUAACCGCUGAUGUGCCAAGUCCGAUUGCGUUCGUGUCGACAUUGUUCGCGGAGAGCCCCGCAAAGCAGCCGGUUCGGUUGCAAGCUGGUACACCACAGAAGCCAGGCAACUUUGACUUUGGCACGGCCUCCCCAGCGUUCAACUCCGUUACGUGGCUGAAUGAUACAGAAGCGACGCCACGAAUUGUCGCAAGCUUGAAGAAGAAGAGCUCUCGACGUCAAAGCGAGCCUCUUCUCCGUGGCUGUCUAAAGGCGCAAAAUCGCAGACAGACGAUGUCGCCGCAAAAGCUUGUGUUCAAGGCUGAUCAGACAUUUAGUCCAUCAAAAGGCUCGCCGGUGAAUUGCAGACAAACAAUCUCCCAUGUGAAGCUGAUGCCCGAGAUUGAGCGGGCAUUUACCGGGUCAAGCAGUCUGUUUUCCCCGGUCAAGAAGGCUGCUCAACCUCAGGCGUCUACUGCAGUAAAGUCUGCAUCGCCUAGGAUAGCUCGGUCACAACGGCCUCGUCGGAGUUGGGACAACAAGUCGUCCAUUGGCAGACGGCGCUCUGCCAAUGAGGUGGUCAACAUUGACAUGCGCCAGAACUCCGAUAUUUUCGGAACCAUGGCGGUAUCUUAUGGCGUGUCCCCUGUCUUGGGUGCAGCACUCCCGAGCAUCGUUGAAAGCGGCUCUGAAAUGGAAAGCCAUAAAGAGCUCGCUGAACCGAAGCUUUUCUCUCCCUCCGUCGAGAUUGAGUCUCGCGAAGGCGUUGAGGAAAAGCGCUCUGUUCAGAUCCCGGCCGAACUCGAGAAAGCAGCAGUUCAGAACGCCCCGGUUUCAAUGUCCGCGAAUGGCCCAGUCGAUGGACCGGACGUUUCUCAAAGCUUGCCCAUUAUUGAUUCUCCUGUUAUUUCUAUUGAAGAGCACAAGGAAGUUUCCGAUGCUGAGCCUAGUGUUAUUGCACAAAGCCCGAGCCCGGCCACUUUGGCUUCUACUUCUGCCUCACCGAGCGAACAGAAACUAAGCCCUAGCCCGACGCUGAAUCUGUCAUUCACUCCUGUUAACAGCAGAAGUCCGAGUACAGUGGAAGCAAGUGUGCAGGGAGAAGAGUCUAUUCCGGAGAGCCCCCCUACAGUUACAACAGAGAUUGUGGAAACUGUCACGGCCUCAUCCCACGACUACGAUAGCCCUGGACGCGACUACAUGCGGGAGUUUAUUAGACGCUCACGACCAAAGCGUCCUUCGACUACUGAGGCCGGGUCUCCAGUUGGUGUGCAGGGUAAGCGCCAGCCACUGGGUGCUAAGAGUCCCAAUACUGAAAGCCCGACCAAGAACAAGCGGAAACAUGAGAAGGACCAUGAUCAGCAUGAGUCACCACUCAAGAGGACCUUGGCCGCAUCGCCCAAGACGAUGCGACGCUACGCCAAGAAUUCCGUCAACAAGGCUCCGAGAGCAGGCGAAGUCGAGGAGGAGCAGACUGAGACCCUGGAUGUUCAGCCAACAACCGAAUCAGCUAUUGCUGAUGAGGAGGAUGACACUGGGUCAGACAGCACAUCUCGACGCUCCUCUCGGCUGCGAAAUCAGACACGUCUGCCGUCCGCCAAGUCGGCCAUACCCACACCGAUCAAGAUUGGGCGGACGAGUGGCCCGACGCUGAAUUCUGCGGUUCGCAGCGUGCAGCAGGACCUGACGAACCAGACUCGGAUGAACACGCGCAAGAACAAGGGCAACGCCGAGUACCCUGCCCAAUUCCUCGCUAAGCAGUCGGAAGAGGCACAGGCCGUACCGGAGCCAGAGCCCGCGGAGCGCGAAUCUUGGACUGACAAGGACGGGCGCAAGUGUGUCAACUGGAGUAACCCUCUAGCGAUGUACCAGGAGGACUCCCGGAAAGAGGAGAAGGAGAAGUCAAAGAAGGCUAAGCCAUCUAAGCCCAAGACGGUGCAGAUGAGCGGCAUCGCAAAGCCGGUGACACGGGCCAAGACGACGGCGGACAAGGCGCGAACCGCGCGGCUGGCCGAACACUUUGGCAUGGUGUCCAACGGGACGCCGGCGAAACCACAGCGGUCUACUCGAUCGCGCAUGAGAAUCUGA